AUGAAGCAACUUGCUGUACUUGCGUUACUUGCGGUGCUUCCAAUCUCGUUGGCGCAAUUCCCCCAAGCUCCUACCGGAUUGGAUAUUAUUACCUCGAAGGUCAACCCCCAAGUGAAAAUCUCCUAUAAAGAAACCGACAUCUGCGAGACCACCCACGGAGUCAAGUCCUAUAGUGGUUAUGUCCACCUUCCGGGGUCCCUCCUCUCAGACGUUGGGGGGUUCGACAUAAACACUUAUUUCAUAUACUUCGAGGCGCGACACAAUGCGUCUACCGCUCCACUUGCCAUAUAUCUUGCCGGAGGUCCUGGUGAGAGCUCGAUUUACACUGCUCUUGCGAGCGAAAGUGGGCCGUGCUAUGUCAAUGUCGCGGGCAACGACACGACGGCGAACCCGUGGUCAUUCAACAACUACGUCAACAUGCUCUACCUUGACCAGCCAGUUCAGACCGGUUUCUCGUAUGAUGAACUUGUCAAUGGCACUUUCAAUAUUGAGACGCAGAUCAUUACCCCGGAGGAUUUCGACACGUCGCCUUUGCCAGCGAUCAAUGCGACCUUUCAAGUAGGCACAUUCCCCAGCCAAGAUCCUUUGCAUAUCACAAAUACCACAGUGUCGAGCGCGAGGGCUCUGUGGCAUGCGGCCGAACACUGGCUCUCGUCCUUCCCAGGGUAUUCGACCUCGUCCAACAAGCUCAGCAUCUGGGCCAACUCGUACGGCGGCUUCUGGGGCCCCGAGACCGCCGCCCUCUUCAGCAAGAACCUCAAGAAGCUUCCAGCCAAACAUCCCCUGAAGGCAAAGCACUUGACACUGGACACUCUGGGGAUCACCAACGGUUGCAUUGACUUUGAAUAUUCCAUGCAAGGAUAUCCGCAGUAUGCCUACAACAAUACCUACGGCGUCCGUUUCAUCCCGGAGUCUGUCUACAAGGAGGCCAUGGACAACAUCACCAAGCCGCAAGGGUGCAUGGACCUCAUGAAGACGUGCCGCUCGCUGGGCAAGAUCGGCGACCCGGCGUUCAACGGGAACAACCAGACCGUCAACGAGGCCUGCAUGGAGGCUUCGGAGGCCUGUUUUGGGAUCAUGAGCGCCUUUGAUGCGCUGAACAAUCGAAGCGACUUUGACGUGGCGAUCCUCAACCCGGACCCGUGCCCGUACGACCUCGCCGUGACGAACUACCUGAACCUCCCCGCGGUGCAGGCCUCGCUCGGCGUGCCCCUCAACUUCACCUACGACUCGGAGCUGACCACGGGCGUCUACGGUCUGCCGACGCCGUACCAAUUCCUCGGCACGGGCGACUCGUUCCGCCAAGCGGGGCUGCCAAACAUCGAGUACGCGCUGGCCACGGGGGUCAAGGUGGCCUUCGUCUUCGGCGACCGCGACUACCGCUGCCCCUGGACGGGCGGCGAGGCGACCGCCAAAGCCGCAAAGUGGGCGCACCAACCCGGCUUCCUCGCCGCGGGCUACGAGCCGAUCCAGGGUAUUAAAGGGGCUGGUGCCCGGCACGGCUUGGUCAAGCAGUUCGGCGCCCUCUCAUUCUCGCGCAUCCUCGACGCCGGACACUCGGUCAGCGCCUACGCGCCCGAGGCCGUCUACCGCGUCUUCGAGCGCGUCAUGUUCGGUAGGGACGUCGCCACGGGAUCGCGCAGCGUCGGCGCCACGUACCGCACCACCGGCCCGGCGGACAGUUGGGGCUGGAGGAAUACCUUGCCCGCGAACGUGCCGCGGACGUGCAUGGUCGAGGGGGAAUUCACGCCGACGAACCCGUGGGGAGCCAUAUCGCUGUCCUGAAACUCAAAGUGUGGCCACUGAGGUAGCUGGGUAGCUGUGUAAAUUGUAAUACAA